AUGCAGCGUGCACCGUUCCCUCCACCGCAAAAGUCCCCCGAACUAUUCCACCCCCGACCGCAACACAUCUCACAAGUUCCCAACCUACGAUCACCUCCGCCGCCCGUGUCUCAGCACAGUGCACAACCACCGCAAGUGAACAGCUAUGGCAAUCCUUACCAGUCAUCGCCCGCUGCUGGCAGUGGAGGAGGCGGGUUCGGGCCUUCCUUCAACUUCAUGAACGAUCCAGCGGCGCAGAUGGGAUUCCAGGUCGGACAGACGGCGAUGAAGGCCGGACAAGAGUAUGUGGAACAAAAUCUGAACCGCUAUAUCUCGGUGUCUGCCUUGAAGCACUAUUUCAACGUCUCCAAUUCUUACGUCCUGCGGAAACUCCUCCUCGUUCUAUUUCCCUGGCGGCACAAACCCUGGACCCGACAACAAGCUCGAAUGACUACUUCCUCGACCGCCGCGGACGGCACGAUGGCCCAGCAGACACACUCGUUCAGAUAUCUCCCUCCACGCGAUGAUCUCAAUUCUCCGGACAUGUACAUCCCUAUCAUGGCGCUAAUAACAUACAUCCUUCUCUCCACCGUUCUCGCCGGGAUCAGAGGAUCUUUCCACCCCGAACUGCUCGGUAGCAUAACCAGCACUGCAAUCGCGGUAGUUGUGUUCGAGAUCAUUGUCCUCAAACUCGCCAUGUAUAUGCUGAGCAUCACCAACGACUCUCAACUACUCGACUUGGUCGCGUACUCGGGCUACAAGUUCGUGGGCGUGAUCGUGACACUAUUCGUCAGCGAGGUCCUCACUGGAGGCAAAGGGACGAACAACUGGGUAGGCUGGACAUUGUUCUUGUACACGUGGUAUGCGAACGCUUUCUUCCUGCUCCGGUCCCUCAAAUAUGUUCUCCUUCCGGACAGCUCCUCGGACCCUGCAGCCAUGACCGGCGGGGGUUCGUACACGAUAGCGCGUGCACAAAAGAAUCGCCGCACCUAUUUUCUGGCCCUGUAUGCAUUUCUCGUCCAAAUGCUGUUCAUGUGGAUCCUUAGCCGGGAGGAGGCUGCCGUCAAGACUGUUGCAAACAAAAUCAGUGGGCCGAAGGCUUAG